CCACAAGCUCCACGGUGUUGCCUUCACGUUGCAGUGCCACGGAGUUUGCGGGGAAACGGAGGCAGCCCUCCGGCUCUGCACCCUCUCGCCCUAGUCGCCACCCCACCCCUCAGCUACCUCGUGGACGUGGCUGGGGGAAGCCUGGGUUUGAGGCUACGCAGGCUGCAGGGGAGGAGUCCCACGUGACAGAGAGGCGGGGUGUCAGCUCCGCGACAGUGGCUUCUCAGGGGCGGGGCCGCUGCAGAGCAUCUCCCAGCCGGAGCCCCCCUUUGUUCCUCUUGCUGCCUCCUAGGUCCGCCGGCGUCUGGGUCCAUCCCUCGCUCCCCUCUCGCUCCUCCCGCCCACCCCUUGCAUCCGGGCCCGCAUCCCUUCACCCAAAAGCUCGGUCCCAGUUCCUGUUCUUGCCCCUCCCCCAGACUUCUGGCCAGCGCCUUUGCCUGGUAGGUAGCCUUCUGCCCAUCCCUCCCUUCUGCACCUUCUUUUCCCUGGAUCCGUCUCCUGUCCCCCUUUUCCCCAAGUCCCGAGUCGCUCCGCCCUUCCGGACCGGGGAUGUCCCCCGCAGCCCCGCGCCCAUGGUCCUGACGCUGCUCCUCUCCGCCUACAAGCUGUGCCGCUUCUUCACCAUGUCGGGCCCACGGCCGGGCGGCGAGCGGCUAGCCGUGCCGGGGCCCAACGGGGGCGGCGGCGCGGGCCCGUGGUGGACCGCGGGCGGCCGCGGGCCCCGCGAGGUGUCGCCCGGGGCGGGCACUGAGGUGCAGGGUGCCCUGGAGCGCGCGCUGCCCGAGCUGCAGCAGGCGCUGUCGGCGCUGAAGCAGGCGGGGGGCGCGCGGGCCGUGGGCGCGGGCCUGGCGGAGGUCUUCCAGCUGGUGGAGGAGGCCUGGCUGCUUCCGGCCGUGGGCCGUGAGGUAGCCCAGGGUCUGUGCGACGCCAUCCGCCUGGACGGCGGCCUCGACCUGCUGCUGCGACUGCUGCAGGCGCCGGAGCUGGAGACGCGCGUGCAGGCCGCCCGCCUGCUGGAGCAGAUCCUGGUGGCUGAGAACCGGGACCGCGUGGCGCGCAUCGGGUUGGGCGUGAUCCUGAACUUGGCAAAAGAACGGGAGCCAGUGGAGCUGGCGCGGAGCGUGGCCGGAAUCUUGGAGCACAUGUUCAAGCACUCGGAGGAGACGUGCCAGCGACUGGUGGCGGCCGGUGGCCUGGACGCUGUGCUGUACUGGUGCCGCCGCACGGACCCGGCGCUGCUCCGCCACUGCGCGCUGGCGCUGGGCAACUGCGCACUGCACGGGGGCCAGGCGGCGCAGCGGCGCAUGGUGGAGAAGCGCGCCGCCGAGUGGCUCUUCCCGCUCGCCUUUUCCAAAGAGGACGAGCUGCUGCGGCUGCACGCCUGCCUCGCGGUAGCCGUGCUGGCCACCAACAAGGAGGUGGAGCGCGAGGUGGAGCGCUCUGGCACGCUGGCGCUCGUGGAGCCGCUUGUGGCCUCGCUGGAUCCCGGCCGCUUCGCCCGCUGUCUUGUGGAUGCCAGCGAUACAAGCCAGGGCCGCGGGCCCGACGACCUGCAGCGCCUCGUGCCACUACUGGACUCGUCGCGCUUGGAGGCGCAGUGCAUUGGGGCUUUCUAUCUCUGUGCUGAGGCUGCCAUCAAGAGCCUGCAGGGCAAGACCAAGGUAUUCAGCGACAUCGGAGCCAUCCAGAGCCUGAAACGCCUGGUUUCCUACUCCACCAAUGGCACCACGUCGGCGCUGGCCAAGCGCGCGUUGCGCCUGCUGGGCGAGGAGGUGCCGCGGCCCAUCCUGCCCUGCGUGGCCAGCUGGAAGGAGGCCGAGGUCCAGACGUGGCUGCAGCAGAUCGGCUUCUCCCACUACUGCGAGAACUUCCGGGAGCAGCAGGUAGAUGGCGACCUGCUUCUGCGGCUCACGGACGAGGAGCUCCAGACCGACCUGGGCAUGAAAUCUGGCAUCACCCGCAAAAGAUUCUUCAGGGAGCUCACGGAGCUGAAGACUUUCGCCAACUACGCUACGUGCGACCGCAGCAACCUGGCUGACUGGCUGGGCAGCCUGGACCCGCGCUUCCGCCAGUACACGUACGGCCUGGUCAGCUGCGGCCUUGACCGCUCCCUGCUGCACCGCGUGUCGGAGCAGCAGCUCCUGGAGGACUGCGGCAUCCGCCUGGGCGUGCACCGCGCCCGCAUCCUCACCGCCGCCAGAGAAAUGCUACACUCCCCGCUGCCCUGCACUGGUGGCAAGCCCAGUGGGGACAUCCCAGAUGUCUUCAUCAGCUACCGCCGGAGCUCAGGCUCUCAGCUAGCCAGCCUCCUGAAGGUGCACCUGCAGCUGCACGGCUUCAGUGUCUUCAUUGAUGUGGAGAAGCUGGAAGCAGGCAAGUUCGAGGACAAGCUCAUCCAGAGUGUCAUGGGUGCCCGCAACUUCGUGCUCGUGCUGUCGGCCGGGGCCCUGGACAAGUGUAUGCAGGACUUUGACUGCAAGGACUGGGUGCAUAAGGAGAUCGUGACUGCUUUGAGCUGCGGCAAGAACAUUGUGCCGGUCAUCGAUGGCUUCGAGUGGCCAGAGCCCCAGGACCUGCCCGAGGACAUGCAGGCCGUGCUCACCUUCAAUGGCAUCAAGUGGUCCCACGAAUACCAGGAGGCCACGAUUGAGAAGAUAAUCCGAUUCCUGCAGGGCCGCUCCUCCCGGGACUCAUCGGCAGGCUCAGACACCAGUUUGGAGGGGGCCGCACCCAUGGGCCCAACUUAACCAACCCUUAGAUCCUAGGCCCUGCUGUGACCCCCGUUCCCAUCAUCCCGCUCGAAGAAACUGCUCCUCGACCUGGCGUCUCUCAGCUGCAGCCACCUGGGCCCUUCUCUGGAAAUUGCUGUCGCUCUGCCCCCAUCCUCAUGGUCCACCUCAAGCCCAGCCCCCUCUGUGUCUGCAAAGGGAAUGGAAACCAGGCAUUGGGGGUGCUCAGGGCCAGACACCUUCCCCCGCCCCAUCUCCAGGUUCUGCUACCAGGUUCUCUAUCUCAGGUGUGGGAGAAACCCUGGACAAUUGAGGGUUUGCCACACACAGCACACCCUCCUGCCCAGACAGCAGCCAGCUUGAGUAGGGGGAAGGCUGGUAGCCUCCCUCUGACGAGUUUGGGCGAUGCCCUCCCCUCUGAGCUAAGCCAGGGCCGGGGCCCAGCAGCCAGCUGGAGAUCAGGCUCCAGUGAUGGCUCUCCACCCAGUUCGUGCCUGGCUUCUGGCCUCACUGCAUCCUGCCACCCUGUGGCCUUGACCUGUAAUCACUGUGUCCUUAGCUGGCCUGGUCUCCAGUCCCCUCCCAGCCUUCCUGAGGUGCAGUCCUCUUAGCCACACCGGAGGUCAGGGUCGGCCAAGCCAGCCCUCACUGUGGCUGGCAGCUGUUCACCAGGCCUGGACCACCAAGGCCGUCUCGACAGGCAGCUAGCCACCCUCCCUGUGCCUUGUUGCUGGGCCUUGUUGCCGGCUCCGGCCUGGCUCUGCUGGCUUGCCCAGCCCCUCCCCACCCUUUCGCUCAGGGGGCAGCCGGGGGAGACAGCCCCCUGUGAUGGCAGUGCUGGGCUGGACAGAGGCCGCAGCAACAUGGGAAGAGGCAGGAUCCUGAAGAAGGGUGAGGGGUGUGUUGGAACCACCUGGGAAUUUUGCAACAAUGGCGUUCAGACCACCUGGUCAGGGUUUGGGUUUCUGCUUUUCUCACAAAUUCCCAGGUGGGUGGGUGCAGAUGGUCAAGGAAUGAGACACUUGAACUAGCGAGCCUCUAAAACACAAAUCCCUCCCAAACCUUUGCCAUUCCACCUCCCGCCCCCCACCCCCUGCCCCAUCUCAUGCCACUCCAUGGAUCCUGUAGCCCCACUCGGUAUUAUGUCCCUUGUAUGGAGAAGGGACUGAAUGACUGAAUGACUGAAUGACGGGCCAUUUCCCAAAUCAGCAGCGGCCACCCCAGGAUCCAGACCUGGCCUUCUGGUGCUCGGUCCAAGGCCUGUCUCGAGAACCAUCCUAGAAGCUGUGCUCAGGGCAGGGUUGUUACUAUCCCCACGGCUGGCUUCUCUGCCCCAAGGGUCUGGCAGAGGGGGACAGGUUUUCACCAAAAAAGGUUGGUCUAAGAGCUAUACAGAAAUAAACAAGCAGGAAAAUC